ACACCUUGGAGUGGGCGUGGCGAGGCGUUGGGUGAAAGCAGACAAGUCUGGAUGUGUUUUUACCUGGAAACGUCACAGAGUGGGCGGGGCUUUUUGAGGAAACACAACUACCCGGGAUACAGACGUGCAGAGACCGAAGCGCAGGAAAGCGAGCGACACCGCUGAGGGGGGCUACUGAGCGUCACGUGACACGGAGCGCGAGUGACGCAGUUUAAACUUCCCAUAACGGUGACCCCGCUGAGGCGGAGAGUGCGUACGGCAAUGGCUGCCUGGUUCAGCGGGCUUUUUCUCCUUCUAAUCCCCUUGGCUUUGGCCGACAUCGAGCCGCCCUGUGAGGGAUACGAGGUGGUGGAGGGUUUCGUCCUGGAAGACAUGGAGCUGCCCUCUCAGAUAGGAGUGAAGGUGCUGGAGGUCAGUGAGGACGUGGAGGACGAGCAGGCGUGCUGGUCCCGGUGCUGUAACACGGACACUUGCGACUUGGCCGUCAUGACCGCCGGGAAGUGCCAUCUCGUCAAGUGUACGCUCAAUAGCUUCAACCUGUGUGUGCUGACCGAGCAGGAGGGCGCUAGGACCUAUAGGAAGCUGAACGCUGGCGCGGCGCCCGCACAGGAAGAUUUCUGCCUUGAGGGAAAGGAAACCGGACCAUGCAGGGCGUUCUUUACAAGAUGGUGGUACGAUGUUGAGACGGAGACCUGUAAGAACUUCACGUACGGAGGGUGUCCUGUUAACUUGAACAACCAUGUCGGCGAAGAAGAAUGUAUGAGCAAAUGUCAGGGUGUUAAAGCUGUAAACAAGAACCAUGUUGAGCCAGAUGCACCCAGUAAACGAACAUUGUCUGACAGCCCUGGUCCAGAAUACUGCUCGGGGCCCCCACAGACUGGCUAUUGCAAAGCUGCUUUCCGCCGUUGGUAUUUUGAUUCCGAAUCCAUGUCCUGCAAGUUGUUCAUCUAUGGCGGCUGUGGAGCCAAUAAAAACAACCAUAUGUCUGAGCAGGAUUGUGUGGACAAGUGUGUUGUUACACAAAAGCCUGAACCUGCCAAAGUCCACAAUCCUAAAAAAGGAAGCUUUAAAGAGUACUGCGCUGCACCUUCCUAUACAGGUCCUUGUCGUGCCGCAUUCACGCGGUGGUUCUAUGACCCUUCAUCAAGCUCGUGCAAAACAUUUACAUACGGCGGCUGCAAAGCGAACAGCAAUAACUACCUCAGUGAGACCGACUGCGUGAACAUGUGCUCGGGCCGCACAGAAGACGACGAUGACUUUGCAGAUCACAGUGUCCUGCAUCGCUCUGUAACAGCCGUGGUGCUGCCCGUCCUCCUCGCCCUCCUGGCUGCCACCCUGAUGGGUGUCAUGAUCCUGUUCUUUGUGAAGGUGACCAGGAAGAAUCAGGAGACCACAGGUUUCAGAGCCAUGUGGAAUCCUAUUGAUGACAAGGAGUGUCUUAUGAAUAACGCAUACACUCUGUAGAGAGCAGAUGGAGGGAAGGAAUAACCACUCCAUUUAUACCAAGGCCUUUAAUAAAACUCCUAUCCUAUGAUAACACAUCUCACUUGGCUCUAAUUGUAACUCCAAAGGUAUCAAGGUUUCCAGCAAGAGAAGUCCAUGUUCCCCGCCAGGUUAAAGCCAAAAUUCAUUACUUGUGUCCAUGUACAAGUCGGGGCUACACUUUUAGAGCGGACUCUACAGUGAAAAGUUAUAUAUUUUAUUGAACUAGACACUCUGGGUACUUUUUUUAUCCGAACAAUAAGUUGUAUUUUAGUUUGAUUUGUAAGUUUCCAAAACUCUCUUGCUGUUCCUGCGGGCAGCUUCUUAAGGUUUUUAGAUGGGUCUUCCCGGAAAAAAAAAACACACCACCCCAGGAGUAGGACCCCCUGAGAGCAAGUGUAUGAGCGUGCCUUAAGGAUUAAUUGCAGGGUCUCUUAAGAAUUGUCUGCCGAGCUGGUACUCCGAGGGUCUUUGGGUAAAAAUCUCUGGAAGCAAAAGGAUGUUUUUAUUUUUGGAAGCGGACAUAGAUGUAAAUGUUUGCUGAAUUGGGCAUUUUAUUUAGGAAGAGACAAGUAUCGGCCAGUGCCGCUUAUAUAGAAGACAAGAGAAAUAAAUCUAUGGCAUUUUUAUCUAUUAUUACCACAAAAUCUUGGCUGGAAGCCCCUAUAGGCAUUAGAUUGUUAGCAGAUUCUGACUGUAAACUCUGUGGGCAGCUUGAGACAGGAUCACUCAGGUUGGGGUGGAUGUGACUUGUAUGCGGGUUGUAAGGAUUGGUCCUGCAGCAACCUACUCCCUGGAGCAUAGUUUCCCAACCAGGGUACCUCCAGCUGUUGCAAAACGACGACUCCCAGCAUGCCCGGACAGCCUUCGGCUGUCCGGGCAUGCUGGGAGUCGUCGUUUUGCAACAGCUGGAGGCACCCUGGUUGGGAAACUAUGCCCUGGAGACGUGUCAGAUCUGGUCUAAUAGCAGCGCCAACUUCAGGUACUGCAAGAUUCACCUUUUUGGUACUGACUGCCUAGACCUGAACUGUUUUCUUGUAUGUUUGCACUAUACUUCAUAACACUACCUUUAAGGUUUUCUGUACGAAAAUGUCAGGACUAUGUGCGUUCAUGGUGACUGGAAGGAAGCCACACUUUGCGCUGUACCUAUAGAAUUUUUCCGAAGGGAAUGGUACGUCCAUAAACUAUGAUCCGAUGACCUGUUCUAUAUAGUGCUAAAGCUUUCUAUCUACCAGUGUGUUCAUACACCUAAGACGCGAGGUUACCCGAUUCAUCCAAAACUUUCCAUUGUCCUGAGCCCUGUAUAGUAAGCCGACGUGUCCAGACUUACGUCAAGACUUCAUGUAGGACACCACCUCCUGUGUCACUCCUUUCUGUAUCUAUUACAGACUGUUCUUACCAAUCUGCACUGACGUUUCCAUGGGUUUCUUUAAGUGUGACUGUAUUUUUAGUUGUAUUUUCUUCUGCAUACUUGUGACUUUU